GUAGGCAUCUUAUAAAAACAAUGUGGGAUAAUACAGCGUUGCCUCAGGGUACUUCGGCAUCAUCUAGGGUCCAUAGUGGCUCGACGCCAUUUGUUAAAUCACGUCGUCAGCAAUAUAGUUACAAUCCUAACGAUGUGUACGAUCCUAUGUAUCCCAAUGAUUACGAGCAUCUUUCUAGAGAGUUUGCUCGUCGUGCUACAGCUCAAACAACGCGUGUUGAGUUGAAGAUUAAGAAGGUAGAGGGCCCUAAGCUAUCUGCGGAGGAGGCCUACGAGCGUCGCAUGAAGCUUUUGGAUUCUGCUGAUAACACUGUGACUCAAGAUGCCACCGAUACAUCUAAGGGCGUUGGUAUGCGUAUAAUGCAGAAAUUGGGUUGGACCGAGGGUAAGGGUCUUGGUGCCAAUGAACAAGGUAUAGUUGCACCAUUGGUAGCUAAAAACACAGGUAAACACGUUGGUGUCAUUGUACAAGGAGCAAAGCUUGGUGCUAAUCCUGCGCAUUCAACAAGCCAAUCUACGGUACCACGUGACAGAGUCACUGCCUCCGCUGGCGGAAUGGCUGCUACGCGCGUGUUGAAACUUACUUUUGAGUGCACCAUUGAUGACACUGAUCGUUUACAGGAAGAGUUGGAGGAGUCUUUAUCGCAAUACGGGUCACUGAUUGAAGUCGUGGUCCAUCGCAGUGACACUACUAUAUCAUAUUGUGAGUUUGAGGACGACAGUCAAGCCCUGAGAGCCAUGAAUAAUGUGGACAAGGUUUUACCACAGUAUCGCAAAACCGCUACAUUCGCCACUGAGGAGGAAUACAACAACCUUUGAAUUGAUUUUUGAAAGAUUCCACAUAUUCUUCCUUGCACCAGAGCC